UUGAAAAGCCCAAAUGUCUGCAGGCGUCCGCCAUAAUGUUUCCUUCGAAACGAAUAAUAUAGUUCUUAUUGCUCUUGUAGCAAGCAAUCACUCUAUUCGCUAUUCAAAAUGGCGACCGUGUGGCGUUCACAGAGAGCAUUUGCACGUUUUUUCGUCGGAAAAACUGCACGGAUCCUGAACAACGCUUCUGAUUUGGGUGCAAAACUUACAACAGCAUCAAUAUCGGUUUCAAGCAAGCAAAAUUACUCAAACUACGCACAUUCGCCGUUUGUCAAAAACAUCAAAGAACAAUAUGAAUUCGAAAUUGUGAAAAAUCCUCCAGAAUGGGCAUACGUGGAACGUUUAAUGCCAUUCGAAACUAUUCCCAAUGUUACACCCAAAGCAGCAUACCCUUCAGGAUGGAUACCACCGAAAGAAGAGGCUAGAAAUCUACCAUAUUUUAUUGCAAGAACUAGAAACCAUCAGUUGCCAAUAUAUUUAGAUUUAUCUUAUAGAGGUAUGCGAAAAAUAUCGAUGAUUAAAAAGAUUGACGGUGAUAUUUGGUUACUAAACGAUUUAAUUAAAGAGCAUUUAAAAAAAACACAAAAUCGCUACGUAGAAACAAGAGUACAUGAACUGGGAAGAUUUAUUGAAGUAAAAGGUGAUUUCGUGACCACACUUUGUAAUUGGGCUUAUGCUCAAGGCUUUUAGAUUGAAAUUGUAUGUAGAUGAUUAUUAUUAAAAUUGUUGAAUAGUAA